CUUUUAAGAAGGUACGGAGAAAUCUCGGAAAAAAAAGAAACUAAUGGAUUGGAAAUUGAGUAUAUUUUGUAAGUUUAUGAUUUUUUGCGUUCUCGCAACCAUCACGAAUCUUAUUAUCUUAAUUUAAAGCUUAUUUAUAAGUUUUUAUACAAAUGCGCAAUAAAUAAGAUAACAUGCAUAUGUUUGCUUUUAUUACUUUUAUGUAAAAGAGAAUAUAGUAUUAACUAUAUUCAAAUGACAUACGCAUCGUUUAGAUAAGUAUAAUGCACAUUCUAUUGGAAGAGGAAAAAAAAUUUUCUUUCCAGCUACGGUCGCUCACUUCUACGCACAAAAUUAAUUAGGAGAGCUCAAUAAAGUUAAUCAUCUGUAGGAUAUUGUGGUUGACGAAAGAUGCAUUUGUACAACUUCGUCUCUACUCCAAACCGCUAACACACACCAAUGGGAGGAUUCGUAGACAUCGAUUAAAAUUGUAAUUUUUAUGGUUGCUGAGUAGUGGGAACAAUUGAUUGAGUAUACAAAUUGUCAUUACUUCAUACCGCGACCUCUCUUCUGCUAUUUAACAAAGAGUGGACGAGAUAAUUACAUUUUUACUGUUUUGUCUUUAAUCCUCCCGGGAUAUGACUCAUCUUGAAUUGUUAUGUUAUUACGGAAAAAAAAUUCAUCGGAUCCUUGUUAAAUUCUUCCGUGCGCGCUUCUACGAUCACUUUAAACGCUGCAAGAAAAAAAUGACCAAACAACAGAGAUCAAUAACAGACAAAUAAAAACGUCCUUUAAAUACCCGCCGAUCGCAGAUCGAGUCGCAGUAUCGUUAUUGACUCGAUUGGUUUUAUAAGAAGCGAUGUUCAGGCAUUAGAAUCACGCACCAAAUACGGACAUCCAGACGUCAAGGAGCAGAUUCUCAGCAAUCGCCAGCAAUCGAUAUUACACACAGGAUGGAUAAGUUAAUGGUGUUCGACGGCAACUUCGAGGCUGAACUACGUAACCAUUUGAGCACGACCAAAAACUUGGGGAGACAAUUCGCGGUGAAAGCCCUCGAAUUUGAUCGGCUCGCCGUGUACAAGACCCAUUUGGCAUACCUGCAUGCCGGCGCCCAGAUAAUAAGAACUAACACAAAGCGAGUUAUCAUGAAUUCUCUUAAAAGACGGAAGUACUUCACUACAUUUCAGGAGUCAUCGAUAGACAUAGCGGUGAAGUUGGCCAAACAGGCCAUAACAAAAUAUUACGAGGAAGUGCGAGGUGACAGCGCGUCCGAAGAUUUCUCUAAACACCGUCCUUUAUUGGCUGGCUGCUGCGGCAGUUACAGUGUUUGGAAUUUUUUCAAUAUAUCUGAUAUUCGGAAAAACUUGAAGAACAUGUCGCAAAGUGAGAUGUACUGGUUUCACAAAAUACGUGUAAAGAAGUUAAUGGAAGCCGGUGUCGAUCUGUUGACAUUCGAGUCCAUACCUUGUCACAACGAGGCGAAGGCGAUACGUAGACUGCUAAUGAAUUGUCCAGACGCUCGCGCCUGGAUCACAUUCUUAUGCUCGCAGGAGGGGAAACUAAUAGACGGUAGCAACUUUGCGACAGUAGCUACAGACUUUUACGAUUCCCUGCCCAAUCAAAUCGUCGCGAUUGGUGUCGAAGGCGUUACGUUCGACUCGAUGAAACUAAUGAUGCAAGAUGUCAACGGUAUCAGAGAUAUUAAGAUUCCGUUCGUGUUGUACGUUGAGAAACGUCAUUUUCCUAUCACAGAUGGCAUCGGGGCAUCAUCCAGCGUGGCGCGUAAUUUUGCGGAGGAAUGGAUAAACGAAGGGGUGCGUUAUUUCGGCGGCAGUACUGACAUAGUCGCGGAUAACAUAAAGAAAAUUCGCAAAGAAGUGGAUAAAUACUGCGCCUCUACGGGCAUGGUCUUCACUCCACUAAAGGUGCGCGUAUGCUCCCACCGAGACAAGGACAACCAAUCAAAGCUUUAAUGAUAAUAACAAUCUUAUGAUUUCUGUUUUAAAGCAAGAAAUAUAUUUGUUGCAUAGGUGUUAACAGGCGUGUUGUCUAUUGGAAUUAAAUGUUAGAAUGAUCAAACGCAAGAGUGUAAAUGGCAAAUUAACUGUGUCCAAUGGACGUAUAUGCACGAAUAUCUCAUAAAUAGUGCAAAUACAAUCCAGUUUUUACGUAAUAUCUAAAUUUAGUGUGAGAACUAAAAUAUUUAAGUCUGAUUAUGGAAAUUGUUACAACCGGCAUUAGGAUACUUAAGUCUGAUAUGAUAAGUCUGAUAUGAUCACGUGCAAUUAUAAUCAACACUAAAGUAAGAUAACACAUUAAAGUAAGAUAACACGUAAGAUAAAAGUUGCACGUAAAUUGUUCAUUCGAUUUAUAAUAUGAACAAUACUCGGUCGAUGACACGCCUGCAUUGUUAAUUGUAACGAUAUCUAUAA